UCGAGGAAGGCAAACAUGGCCGCCUUGCGGUGCCAGCGGUGAUGGUUGUCGUUCGUAGCUCAUAUGUUACAAUUAGUUAUUAUUUCUGUCCUAUAGCAAGCAGACUACGAUCGAACCUAGUAUAAAUUAUAUUGACUGCGAUGAUACAAUGUUUCGCAACAAAGGAUGGUUCGGCGGUGGGCUGUGGAAGCCUAAAAAUCCUCACUCUUUGGAGCAUCUCAAAUACCUAUACCAUUUGCUGUCCAAAAAUCAGACAGUUACGGAGCAGAACAAAGGCGUCUUGGUGGAAACAUUACGUUCCAUAGCGGAAAUACUGAUAUGGGGAGACCAAAACGACAGCACCGUGUUCGACUUCUUCUUGGAGAAGAACAUGCUGUCGUUCUUUCUGAAGAUAAUGAAGCAGAAGUGUGGAAGAUACGUCUGCAUUCAACUCUUGCAGACGCUCAACAUACUGUUUGAAAAUAUCCGCAACGAGACUUCGCUCUAUUACCUCCUGUCUAACAAUCAUGUCAACUCCAUUCUGGUGCACAAGUUUGACUUUUCGGACGAGGAGGUCAUGGCAUAUUACAUCUCCUUCCUGAAAACAUUAUCUCUCAAGUUGAACAAUCACACGAUACAUUUUUUCUACAACGAGCACACCAACGACUUCCCACUGUACACGGAGGCAAUCAAGUUCUUCAAUCACAGUGAAAGCAUGGUGCGGAUCGCUGUGAGAACGCUGACAUUGAACGUAUUUAAAGGAAUGUGCUUUCUCUUUUAUGUGGAUUGCCCAGUCGAUGACAAGGCGAUGCUCAAGUUUAUCCGCGAUCGAACCGCGGCGCCUUACUUCUCAAACCUGGUGUGGUUCAUUGGCAACCAUGUCUUGGAACUGGACUCCUGCGUCACCCAGGCCCAGCACGGAUCUCCUAGAAGUUCCCUGAGUGACUUGGUGGCGGAGCACCUCGAUCACCUUCAUUAUUUGAACGACAUCUUGUGCCUGCGUAUCGACGCUCUCAAUGCCGUGCUGACGGAUCACCUUCUGCACCGCCUGCUUCUCCCUCUUUAUGUUUAUUCCCUCGUUCAGGGACAACACCCUAGGCUUCCUGAUGAAAGACCUCACGUCAUCAGUGUAGUUUCCCUCUUCCUGCUAUCUCAGGUGUUCUUGAUCAUCUCACACAAGCCUCUGGUGCGUCAGUUGGCAUACAUCAUCUUCAACCGUAACAUGAAGAUAUUCUCUGGUCGAGGCAAGGACGAUUCCUCGUCAAACAAGCGAAGGAAAAGGCGCAGCGAUCUCGGAAGCGAACCAGAAUUUCUACCACCCGAAGAACCCCUCGAGAAAUCGCUCCAAACGUCGGGCCGUCGGCGCGCGUCUUCGGGCUCCGAGUGCUCUAGGGGUCAGCCCUCGUGGCUCGCCAACCCGGAAGAGCAGGGGUGCAGGGGUGACCCCCAGGUCCACGGGGACGGACACAUAGAGGACGGGAUACCUAUCUACGCCGUUGGGGUGGACCUCGGGGAAGACGGGGACCGGCCGCCCACUGAGUGCGAAGUGAAUCCGGCUUACUUGCCAGACGGGCCAAACAUAACGGAUGAGCAGAAGGUGGAAGCGGCCCAACGGAUGAACCAUGUGACGCUGGAGCAGCUCCAGCAGGACUUUUUACUCACAAAUAGGCCGUUCCUGAACUCUAUCUUCAACGCCCUGGACUGCACUGAGGAUGACCACACAGCCCUUUUUGCGCUGUGCCUUCUUUACGCCAUGGGCCAUAACGCAGGAAUCAAUCAGGAGCUGCUGGACAGCGUUCUGAUGCCUUCCGAUAAAUCUGAGACGAAACAUUGGUACAACAUAAACCUCGUGGAGAGGUUGAUUCAUAUUGUCCGUCUCAGCUGUAAAUAUGGAAGCAAGGUACGCCUGGCAACUUUGGAAAUGGCAAUUAUGCUAUUGAAGCAGCUCGUCCUAAAAGGGACGACGAGUUUCCUUCAAGACGGCCACCUUGCGGCGCUCGAACAGGCGUGCGAGGAGAGCACCGUCUUGCUAAGGAACUUUUACAAGAGUGAAGAAAUGUUUUUGGAUGUGUUUGAGGAUGAGUACCACGAGAUGCAGAAAAAGCCGUUGAACGUGGAAUACCUGAUGAUGGAUGCCAAUCUCCUGCUGCCCCCCAUGGGAACCCCCAUGUCUGGAAUUGAGUUCCACAAGAGACUUCCAUGCGGCGAAGUAGAACGUGCACGCAGGGCAAUCCGUGUUUUCUUCCGGCUACGAGAGCUGUCUCUGGCGCUGAGGGCAGAGCGAGAGACUCACCUUCCUCUCACCAACUUGAGCAGUUGCAUUAAGGUUAAUGACGUCCUCGAUCUGAAUAACAGCGACCUGAUUGGCUGCACAGUAGUGACGAAGGACGGUGCCAAAAUCCGACGUUUCAUGGUCAUCGACGUCGUCCAGCUGGUGCUUGUGGAGCCAGACACCAAGCGUGUGGGAUGGGGUGUCGCAAAAUUUGUCGGAUUCCUUCAGGACAUCGAGGUGAGCGGCGACAAAGAUGACAGCCGCUGCCUGCACAUCGUUGUGCACCGCCGACCCGCCGGCGGAGCAUAUCCGAUGGGGGGAGUCGGCGGACCUUCCGGGAACGGGGCACGCGGGGAACCUCUCCUGGCAGCACGUUUUCUUUUCGACGACCACAUACGUUGCAUGGCGGCAAAGCAGCGGCUCAACAAGGGCCGCCUCCGCGCUCGGCAACGAAAGAUGCACCAGGUGGCCAGACUGCUGGACUUGCAAGUGCAACCACCUUCUCCCCCAAGACACGCACCCAGGCCGGUUACCACGGCAACAAUGGCCUCAUCGGGAACGAUGCAUCGCAGCCAAUCCCAGGACACGGGGCUGCGAGGCAGGAGCUCUACGGGACCCAGUUCCCUCUCGGGGCCACACAUGCAGUAUCGGCCCCUGUUCACCUCCUCGGCCAAGGUCCCGGGUUUUGCUGCGGCGCACCGUAGUGGCCACCGGGGAAGUUCGGGGGACAUCGAGGGCCACCACAGGAGGCGUUCAGGCUCGAGCCCAGUUUCCCGUCGUUCUGGAUCGAGGUCUCGCGAAUCGUCCCCUCGCCUCGGACAGCACGGGGACUUUUCGGAGGAAAUUCCGCUGGAGGACCUGUCACGAAGGAGUUCCCACUCUGGAGUGGUGAGCCAGCAGAUGACCGUUCCUUCUCCCGCUCAACCUCAGAUAUGUCUUUCCGUCCCUGCUGUGAGUUCGCAAGACGCGGGCAUGGUGCUGAGGUCGUCAGUGCAGUCCUCACCCCACAUAAUAUUACCGUGUCCUCCUUUCGUAAUGCCGUGUCCCGUGGGAGAUCUGCCACCACGCGUGUUGAUAGACGACUCUGGGACGUUACAGGAACCCCCGUUUGAAGUGCCACUUCUCUUGCCUCCUUCGAACGAUUCUGGACUCUUGUCUAGCACUCCGAGUGACACAAUGGAGAGUCCAGCAGAAGAGUGCCGGAAACCAUGCUGCGUCAACGAGACUUCGUUCUCGGAGGAGUCCAGCACGAGUCUGGCAACAGAGGAGUUGCACAGCAGAGACCUCAGGCUGGAAGAAGGCAGGGAAGACGAUGGGGAGGAGGACGACGCCUCGCAACUGAAAAACAGCAGCGACGGCGGAGUCAGGGUCAAAGAAAUGUGGUGUAUUCACUCAAAUGUACUGCCCUCGCGUGGCCACGUCUCCGCCAGCACGACACAUUUCAAACGGCCCGUGUUACAGCCACGCUGGAAAUGAGGACGUUUCUAAUAGUUUUCACUAUAGCAUGUAAAAUAAAGUAUGUUUUCAAAUAAUUCUUAAAGGCAUGGUACUUCUUAGCCAGAUCAAAUCAUUGUAUCGAAAAUGCAGCUUUAAAGUAACGAGUCUCUAUGCCUAUUUAUGACAAGAUAAUCACAAUGUGUGUGAUUAACGUGUUGACGCAAAUACUUUGUCAUAUUUGCGGCGUUUUCUUUUUCGGUCUUACAUUGCACCUCCUAAGGAGAGAAUUAUGUACAUUAUUAAGAAUGCACAGACUAAACUGUAAACACGCACUGAAGUUUGUACAUAAACUCUGUAAAUAAGCAUGUGAAUACACUUGUUGCAUUGAGUAAAGUUGCUUGCAGGACAGAUAAAUGAAAUAAACUACAGUAUUUGAUUA